AUCGCACCCGGGCUGAUAAGAGGCGGUGCUCGCCGCUUCCAGAGACUACAGCUUGUUGGUUGCUCUGCUGAGCGGAAGCGACGCAGCCCCACUGCCCCUCCGUCUACCUUUAGAGGCCCAGUGGUGCAGCGAGCGAGGCCCUGGAUCCGCUACUACUUUUCUUCACCCGCCCUGUGCAGGAGCCGCGACCCACGCCCCAAUAUGGCGGGAGGGCGCUGCAAUCUGCUGUUGACGGUGCUUCUAGCCGCCUGGGUCGCUGCGGAGACGGAGGAGGAGGCCCGGCCAGAGCGGGCUUCGCUGCCGGCGGAGCAGAGCAUGGUGCUUCCCAUGACCGCCUCCAACUGGACGCUGGUUUUGGAGGGCGAGUGGAUGCUGAAAUUUUACGCACCUUGGUGUCCAUCCUGCCAGCAGACCGAUGCAGAGUGGGAAACAUUUGCAAAGAUUGGUGAACUACUUCAUAUCAGUGUGGGGAAGGUAGAUGUCAUUCAAGAACCAGGUUUAAGUGGCCGCUUCUUCGUCACCACGCUUCCAGCAUUUUUCCAUGCAAAGGAUGGGAUAUUCCGUCGCUACCGUGGCCCAGGAGUCUAUGAAGACCUGCAGAAUUAUAUCAUACAAAAGAAAUGGCAAUCAGUUGAGCCUCUGACUGGCUGGAAAUCCCCUGCUUCUCUAACGAUGUCUGGAAUGGCUGGCCUUUUUACCAUCUCUGGCAAUAUAUGGCAUCUUCACAACUAUUUCACAGUGACCCUUGGAAUUCCUGCUUGGUGUUCUUAUGUCGUUUUCAUCAUGGCCACCUUGAUCCUUGGCCUUUUCAUGGGUCUGGUCUUGGUGUUGAUCUCAGAAUGUUUCUGUGGGUCAGUCCCCAGGCAUCUGUCCGAACACGCCGAGCAGAAUCAGAAGUCCCAGGAGGCUCAUAGGGCCGACCAGCUGCAGGAUGUGGAGGAAGAAAAAGAUGAUUCAAAUGAAGAAGAAAACAAGGACAGCCUUGUAGAUGACGAAGAGGAGAAGGAGGACUUCGGCGAUGAGGACGAAGCGGAGGAAGAAGAGGAGGAGGACAACCUGGCUGCGGGUGUGGAUGAGGAGACGGGUGACACGCAGGACCCGGGGCCUCCGAGGGAGGCCCGGGAGGAAGUCGAACUUGAGGCGACCGAGGGAGGUGCCCCUGAGCAGCCCCGUUCACCGGGCACGGAGGCGGCCGAAGACACACUGAGGCAGCGCAAAAGUCAGCACGCGGAGAAGGGGCCGUAGGUUUCAAGGCAGUGUUCGCAAGGAUAUAGAGCAGAGGAGUAUGUCAGCUUCCUCCUGGUCUUCCGUUUAAACCAAAUCCUCAUUGUCUCCUGAGUGAGCAAGCUUCUCUUAUAAAAAAGCAAAAACAAAAACAAUCUCCAGUCAUGUGGUCUCAUGGCAUUAAGCCUAAUGUACAUACAUGAGAAUCUUUCAGGCCUGACAAUCAGGAUAUGUGGUAUUAGAAUACGUUCGGGGGCUUGGGAUGGGCACAGGUUUGCCUGCUUGGGGCUGGAGCGUCUGGCCCCGGGGAGCUGACUGCAGCCGGCAGGAGCACCGUUCGCAGACAAGGCAGCCGGCCCCACGGUGAAAGCAGAGCCGCUGGACCGUCGCACGUGUAGCAGAAGCCGUGCUUCCUCUUGCGUUCAAUGUGUAUUUUUUUUGUCAAACUGUAGGAAACAUCAGGCAUCAUAGUACAGGGUCCCUUUUGGAGAGAUGGAAAUUGAGAGGAUGUUGUAGAAAUGAGCUUGGAAGUCAUCUGCUUCUGAAUCUGCUUUAUCAUGUUUUACUUCUUACCUUGAGUGGUCUCCAGCACCCCCACCGCGGGCCUGCAGGCCCCCCAGGCUCUUCACUCUGCCGCAGGGAGAGGGCGCAGACGGCAGCUGCGCUGGUUCAGCCGCAGGGUUCGGUCCUCAGGAACCGCGGCCACGAAGCUGUGACGGCCAAGCCUCUCCAGUGCCGUGUUGUAACCUUUGGAGAUUCGAAGCAAGUAGAUUUCACAGGAAAGAGUGUUACUGGUUUUUGCCAAAAUGCAAGGUUUUUCAAAAAAGUCCUUCUAGCACUAUUUUUAUUUUCCCACCCAGAAGCCCCCCCAAGUCUUGCUGGUACAAGGUAGCUUUGUGAAGAAAAGCAAACACUGUUGUUUUGUCUCCGUCUCCAGGGUUCCCUGGUCUUUAACCACUUUAACAACUGAAAAACCAUUUCUGGUUUUCCUUCACCAAUGUCCUUUUGCUGAAAGAAUUAAUGAAAGUGAGUAUCUGGAAAUGACAGAUUUGGUUUCAUUUCCUUCUUCCUUAAUCUUGUAAAGAAUUUUAUCCCUGUAAAUCUCUCAAUGCUCAGUCUGCUAAAAGUACCCAGGGGGCCCAAGUUCUUUUAAAAAAGAUCCAUCCAUCUACUUCUGCCUUACCUGAUUUAUGUCUGAGAAUAAAUUCAUAAAAUUAGAUUCCCAGCUUAUGAAAGAUGACUAAAGUUGAUUCUAUACCCCUUGGGUCUGGACAGAAUAAUAAGCAGUGCAGGUUUAUGAAAGUCAAAAGUUUCUGUCAUUUAAAAAGAUGUGCGGUAUACUCUUAUCUGGCUGUUCAGACAGCCCCGUCCUUUUAGGAACUCUGGGCACCGGGUCGCCGAGAAGAGGAGGAGGUUCUGAAACCUGCUGCCCUGCACUCGAGUGAGCCUGUUGCAAGCCUCACACAAAGGGAGUUUCUGUUCUGUGAGAAUCCAGUUUUUGGAGAUGGUUAUUUUUUAUCUUUCCAGUUCAGUUACCUGAGAGUCUCAUCCCACAGCAUGGUGAGGUUCAUGAAGGGGGACCAGUUUCCGCCUCUGUAAAGCUGGGGAGAUCCUGCGGGGCCCAGGGUGUCAGAUCUCAUUGUCCUCCUGACCCUUUGACCCUCUCCUGCAGGCCCUCAGUAAGACGGCUGGGGCCCUCCCCCUACACCCUGCCCCCCUCCCCCUGCCGCACACCCAGAAGGGUCACCGCUAGUCUUUCUCUCUGAAAGACAGCAGCAAGACUUCCAGUCUGAGGCCAUGGGAGAACUGAGGGACUGGAAAGUCUCGACUUGUGUUCGUUUCCUUUCCCUCACGCCAGGUGGGUCUCUGUCACACCUUCAUCUGAAGUGCCAUCUUUCUGACGGUGGCAGCUCCAGCUCCCUGGCUCCAGGAAGCUCUUCUGCGUCACUGCUGAGGUGGAUGGGCUCUCCUGUCACUGGAUUUCCUUCCCUUACAAUCAGUGGGAGCAAGUUUUCAAAGUUCAAGUUCAGGGUUAUAGAAUAAGAAAGGAUUCAACUUGCUUUUUCUGUAUAAUCUCUCUUCCCUGAUAAUAAAAUAAGUUUUUGAAGUGGAACAUUUGACUAGAGAAGAGGGAUUGAAGAAUAAAAUC